AUGUUACGAAAACCAUCAUUGAAACGAAUGAAAAAAAAAGAACGUGGUGUGGAUGCAAAAAAAAUUGCACCUUUAGCUCCUCAAGAAGAUGAUCUAUCUGAAGUUGUUCAUCACAGUGAGCAUAAACGAUCUUAUUUCAAUUUUCGAAAAAAAGUACGUCAACAUCGAUCGGGUAAAUCAUUGUCCAGAUGCGAACGACGUGGUUCUAUUGGUGCAAGCAAGCAAAAAGGCGUAGAAAAAGAAUGUCAUUCCGCUAUAGAUUGUUCAGAACAUUCCUCGAUCACUGAUAUGUAUUAA